CGCGCUACGUUGCUGGCGACUCCUCUGACGUUAGCAGCGUGGCUCGUGACAGUAGUUGCGCGAAAGCCCUUCGCCAAAGAACGACGAACAUUCCAAUCCUUGCCUUGCCAUAUCCCGGGCAUCAUCAUCAUCCAUCCCGUCCGCCCGCCUGGUCGUCGUCCGCGCUUGCAGUGGGUCUGAUGAAUAUGCUGCCAACAGUGGUGGCUGGUGCGGUGAGGAUAUUGGGCUGGACCGAAUAAACCUACAUCCAGAAAUAUUGCGGGCCUAACUUUCGCCAUUAUUGCAUUGAAGUGAACCGCUUCCAACAUCAGCAUCCCAAUAGCAAUCCGUUUCGUGAAAGCUGCUCAACACAACUAGACAAUAGAGGAGAAGAAAAACGUACUACUGAGUUACGAUCCUGCUUCAAAGAGUGCCGAUAAGAACGAGAAAAAAAAAUUACCAAAGAAAAUAUCAUCAGGAAACUCACCUCCAAAGGCCACACCACUAAACAACGGUUCGAUUCAUACGCAUAUCUUUAUAGCAGAAGUAAAAGAAGUCCUCCGCCUACAUUAAUCAACUUACGUGCUAAGUGGGUCGUGUGUUCUAGCACAAGGAAUACAUCAUAGAUCGCACUGCUUCUGGCUGGUCGCAGUCGACACUGGUUUUUAAUCGUUGACCAAAUAUCGUCCGUCAGUGUCUGAAGAUAGUCUCCGUGGCCUUAGUGCUUCGUGCAACAGCAAUGACGCUUGUUGAGCUGUACUCCUCUUUUCAAACCAAUUCGUCCGGCACUAGCUCGAAUGGGAGUGGUGCCAAUUCCCUCGUUUCGUCCACUUCUUCGGCGAGUGGCUCUAGUGGAUCGGUGGUUGCAGAUAGCAACGGAAUGGUUGCUGUUAAUUCGGGGCCGACCUCAGCCAACGCCGAUGCCGCUCCCGAGCCCGUCGGAACGAUGAUUGCUGCAUCGCCGUCUAUUGCUGCGUGUGUAAGCGCUUCGAUUGUGCCAACGGCAACGGUUACUGUGGCAGGGGCUGUAUCACCCGCUUCGUCUAGUGGAGUUUCGCUUUCGCCACGCCCGGAUCAGCUGUGUUCGAAAUCGUCACCGUCACCAAGUAGCAGCAUGUUUGCGGAAAGCUUCAAACUGGAUGACAUGCUGGAGCUGGAAAACGUGGCCAACGGGAGCUUGAGCGAAAAUGGUUCUAGUGGUUAUCAGCUAGACCACGGAUCGUUGUCUGAUUUGAUGGAUCAGGAUUGUUCCCUCUGCCAAAAUAAAUUCACAUCACCUCGCGUCCUGUCCUGUCUCCAUGUUUUCUGUGAACCGUGUCUGGACAAGCUUUUAGCAGAGGGCGGUAGUUUGAACACUGGAGGUGAGAAGAAGCAAGAUCUGCUCGGAGGCGGCGGCGGAACUAUUGCGUGUCCUAUCUGUAAGCAGGCCACAGCUGUUGGUCCCAAAGGUGCAGCCGGAUUGCACCAGGACUACAUUCUCAGCAAUGUACUCGAUCUGUCCACCAUCGAGCCAUCGCAGCUGGCUUGCACCUCAUGCAAGAGCAAGGAGAUGGCCAUCUCGCGCUGCAAUAACUGUGCCAACUUUUUAUGCGACAGUUGCGAGUAUGCUCACCAGCAUAUGCGCUGCUUCGAGCACCAUAAGGUGGUGCAGCUGAACGACUUGCGCAAAUCAUCGGAAAAGGUCCACAAGACGCUGUAUUGUAGCGUCCAUCCAAUUGAGAACUUAAAGUAUUUCUGCUUUAAUUGUCAAAUGCCCGUGUGCAACGAGUGUUUGCUCGGCGAGCAUAAGGGUAGUGAUCACAACUAUCAGAUCAUCAGCGAAGCCGAAAAACCAAUGCGCCAGGAGUUGGAAAACUCGAUGCGAGAGGCAAAAUCGAAGAUCGAGUACUGCAACCAUGCAUCGAGCAAACUGGAAUCUUCGCUGCACGAGCUGCAAAGCCAAUUUGAGACGGCACGCGGAUUGAUCAACGAAUCUUUCCAAAGCUUUAAGGCUGUGCUUGAGCAAUGCUGCGAGAAUGCGCUGAAAAAUCUAGAGAAGCUACACUCGGAACGCGAACUGAAGAUCAUGGAUCUGUACGAGAAUGUGGAAAAAUCGGUGGAAAAGAUCGAAGUGGCCACCAAGUACGCGCGCAAGGUAUUGGAUCAGGGCAACGGACCGGAGUUGCUCAGUCUGAAGAACAUGAUUUGCAAGCAGCUCGGACUAUUGAUGGGCACUGCACCGAAGGUGGAUGUAAACUUUUCGAUUGAGUUUCAAAGCAACUAUGAAAAGUUCGAGCAGAUCGUUCCGGAACUGUUCGGUUCGUUCCGCACCGAAGCCACUCUGCUGGCGACAACAAACGAAACGACUCCUCCGCCAACUCUGCCUGGUGUACCGAUCAUGGUCAAUGAUGGCCAGCCCACUGGCAGUGGUGGGGUUAGUGGAGUGAGCUGUGGUCUCACUCAAGGACCGCUGACGGCUUCUGUGACGGCCAGCAGUCCGAUUUCGCUACCCACGUCGAUGCAGUCGUCGUUCGAUGGUGACAUGUCGGCGCUCGGAGCCGGCAGUUAUAUGUUGCCGAACGUGUUGACUCCAGAGCCAUCUAAUGGGCCCACCACCGGUACUGCUGCCAUAAGCGCUAAUCCACUUGCCGGUACACCGACGCCGGUAGGUGUAGGAGCUACGGGCGGUCCUGGAGGCCCGGCUGCUACUAUUCCCGGCUUGACAAGCAUCGCAGAGUACAAUCUGCAUCGCUUGGCGAAUUUGGCUGAAUCUUCAUCGAAUGAUAUGACGGACUCAAUCGUCCCCGUUAACAGCACUCCAGCCGCGACGACAAACUUCACGCUGGCUGACUUGAUCUCCGGCAAUCAGCACGCCAUCCAGGCGCUGGCUAAGUACUCGAUGGGAAGCCAGGAGCUGAGCAGCGGACCAAUGCUUACGCCACACUCAACGCUCGACACCGUACCAAUGAUGAAUGAUUAUCCCGUAAUGGCGGGCACAACAUCGCCCAUUCUGCCAGUGACAGGCAGUAUGCCCCCGCUCGAAGGCGCCGGAGUAUUAAAUGGUGGCGAUAUGGGAGCAAUGAACCGUUUUCAACCAUCGAUGUGUGUGAAUGGACGCACUAAGGCUACCCCGAUGCAGAUACGGUGCAAGUUCGGCUCGUUGGGUCAAACCAAGGGUCAAUUCAACUCACCGCACGGUUUCUGCCUCGGCGUCGAUGAGGAGAUCGUUGUUGCCGAUACGAACAACCAUCGCAUCGAGAUUUUCGAAAAGAACGGAACCUUCAAGUUUUCCUUUGGCGUACCAGGAAAGGAGGAGGGUCAACUGUUUUACCCACGUAAGGUGGCGGUAAUGCGGGCAAGCGCCAAGUUUGUUGUAUGUGACCGUGGCAACGAACGGUCGCGUAUGCAGAUCUUCUCCAAGAAUGGUCACUUUAUAAAGAAGAUUGCGAUUAGAUACAUCGACAUCGUCGCUGGUCUGGCGGUAACCAACAAGGGUUUGAUCGUUGCCGUGGACAGUGUUUCUCCGACUGUUUUCAUCAUUUCUGAGGACGGCAAUCUCAUACACUGGUUCGAUUGUAGCGACUUCAUGCGCGAGCCGUCGGAUAUCGCUAUAAAUGGAACGGACUUUUUCGUUUGUGACUUUAAGGGCCACUGUGUAGCAGUAUUUUCCGAAGAGGGCACUUUUAAGUAUCGUAUCGGUAGCGAAAAAAUCACUUGCUUCCCGAACGGUAUCGACAUUUCCGAUGCUGGGGAUGUGCUGAUCGGUGAUUCGCACGGUAACCGCUUCCACGUUGCCUGCUACUCGAAGGACGGGCAGCUGCAGUCCGAGUUCGAAUGCCCCUAUGUAAAGGUAUCACGCUGUUGCGGACUUAAAAUAACAUCCGAAGGGUACGUGGUAACCUUAGCUAAAAACAAUCAUCACGUGCUGGUUCUGAACACACUCUACAUCCAGUGAUCAACAGCGGGUGCAAGAAUUCUAAAGCCCAAUUACUAAAUGCCUCCUGAUGGGCUGUUGAAAGGAGCGCAAGUAGUCCACCAUCCCCGUUCAUCACAAACACUAGCGUGAGUACAGUUGUGCCUCAAAAUAGCAUUGGAGCCGAACUUACGAAACAUUGGCAGAAUGCGUCACUCCUUCGAAGGCAAUAGCUGGAUGCGGAUUGGCAACUCUCCAAUCAAAUGAUUGACCAACCGCUCACUCAAUCCUCAAAACUUAUUUAAUGUUUCACUUUUUUCUGCUAUCUGCAGAAUUUUGCUCACUUUUUUUCUAUGAAAAUAGGAAGGCUGUCUGUUUCAUGCAAGCAUCCUGCAAUUUUAACAAAGAUAGAUUGAUAUUAUUUAGUAUGCGAUAGCCAAUAUCAUUAUUUUACUUUUCUGUUUUUAUCGUUAGCCAUAUUUACACCACUGGUAUACCUAUACACUUUUUGCUCUGCGAAUUUAUAUUUAUUACAACGACGAUGACCGCGAACGUGUAAAUGAUCUCUGAUUUUAUUGUUUUACAUCAAUGUGUGUGGAACGCGUUCGUGUCAACGUCCAGGUGGUUAAUCAAUUCUUUGCAUAAUGGCAUGCUGUCGCUCUGGUGAAAACCAUAAACUAGCAAAAAAAAAAAACACAAAAAAAGGGAUUUUCAAGGAGCCUUUCCAUAAUCAUAUUGAGUCGCUCUACAUUGUGACGAGGCGACCAUGGUCAGAUUAGAUCAUAAAUGCAAAGAACGGCCACGCAUAGUUACACAAAAAGGUGCCUCCUUAGGAAGUCCGCACCCAACUCUCUGUAAAUAUUAUCGACCAUUUUCCUUGUCUACUGUUUGCGUAUUGUUACAUAAACGUUUAAUAAAAGGAGGACGUUCACUUCCUGAUACUUGACGUAAUAACAGGGGGUUCGAUUGUACAGAUCAAUAUAUACAUCUAAAUGUAAAGAUGGAUGCAUCAUAGAGAGUGAAUGCUAGAUAUGUUAUAUUUUCGGAGCAAAAAGAAAAAUAGUUAUGCGAAACGAAAACUUUAUAAGCCACAUUUACAUACCCAGAUUAUAUACACCAGUAGGAGUCGAAGCCAAGCAGCAAAGACUUAUAGGAACAAAAGGUUCGAAAACUGUUCGGUUAUGAAGGGGAGUUACAAAGCAAGAAAGCGAUUUACAAAAAAGGGUGCACUUUUUACUUGACAUUUUUGAUACUUUUGGAAAGUUUUAAAUUGUCUGUGUUUUUUUUGCUGACAUCAUUAAGUUAUCAUUGGCCUUUGCACAUACUUUUCCGAUUUUGAAACAUUCAAACUAAUUGUAUAGCUAGAGUUAUUAGGAUAUUUUUAAUUUGUUUGUGGGGUUUUUCUGGUUUUUACCGAUGUGCGCGUGUUAAUUUAAAAUUUCGUUAGCCGGUAUAAAAGCCUGAACUUUCUACAGUUUUGUGGCAGAAAGACAAACGUUGUGAUUUUUUUUGUAGUCUUUUGAUUAUUGUUUUUUUUUCGUUUAGAAGUAGCUGGAGCGCAUUUGCAGUGGUUUUUAACUCGCGAUUUAUUAUACAAUCAGUCCAACUAAACUCUAUGUACUCGUAUUUAGAUGAUUUUUGCCCACCUCACCAUCCACAAGCCGUGAUUGAUGCGUUCAUGAAUGUGAACUGUCUUUCGUUGUUUGUUCGGUCAGGCAGUAUUUAUGUUUAUACCGUGAACCAGGUUGCCCGAUUAAGUCUCGUUAUCCUUUUUUUCAUCUACAUUCGAGGUCAGAAUAUUUCGAACAGUCGUUAGUUCCUUUUUUAGUUUUUUAAGUGCAUUUUAUGUGUUAUGGUUACGAUUUUAAUACUUCCUGUUGUCAAACGAGACACCUAAAGUUUGUGCGACUGUGUGGACCUUUUUUAUGUGUAAGAGAAAAUUAUUUUAUUAUAUUUUAAUUUACCAAUCGAUAAUAAUUCCUUUGAUUCAGUACGAACCCCUCUAGGUUCCAUGGUAUGUAUGACGGUAACGUCUGCCGCUUUGCGAGAAAUAGCUACAACUUUUGGGGCUAGAAAUAGUAAAACUAGAAUAUUUACCAACGUGGAUACGUGAGCAGACACUAUUGCAUUAAUUUAUGUUUAAAAUGAAUCUCGUUGGUUACAGGCGAUUGCAUUUGUUCGAUUAUUACAGUUUGAACUAUAUUUUCUUAUGAGAGAAUCUCGAAUCAAGAUUGGCGUUUAGUUUUAUAUUAAAAGCUUAAGUUUGAGUGAUCCAUUCCCAAUUAAUUGAAAAUGCAAUAUAUCAGAAAUCGGAUGCCAUAAACAUUGUGUAAAUGAUAUUUAGUUAUAAUGUUUCAUGAAAAAUAGGCUGAGUUUAUUUACAUCAAAUCAAUGCAGGAUUUGCUGAUAUUUUUUCGCUGUACUUUGGUUCUACCUUCAAUAUGGAAAAGGUUUACACAGUAUGAUUUUUUUUUUUGAAAAACUAGGUGGCAUUGAUUACUGCCACAACAAAACAAUGUAAACCAGCAAAUGUUCGAUGAAAGUUUCGAGUUUUCAAGGUAUAAUUGCGAUCAAGUAAAACCAAAAUGGUGAAUCAGAAUCAUGCACAUCUGUUUUUUGUUCUCUAUUUGUUCUUUCCUGAAAAAGCUUCGAUUUGAAAUUUGUUGAUAAACAAUAUGGUAGAACUCGGACCCGACAACCCUUUCGUUUUUUAAGAUGUUUGUGGAUGGAUUGGUACCGUUCAUGUUAUGAUUGGAGAAAGUUGCUAUAAAAAUUAAACAAGCAAUUCGAUUCAUACUUGAAGAAACUCCACAAAAGUGUACACUAAAAAAAGUUAGCAAAUCCAAAGCGUACUGUUUCUUGUUUGAAUAUGUAGAGAAAUUCUGAUAGUUUAAGAAAACCAUGGACCCAAGAAACGCACUACUUUUCAAAAAUCAUGCUUCCUUUUCAAAGUACACAACUACUUACAGCUUAUUUUACUCGGUUGAAGUGGGAAACUAGUAGUUUUCCAAAAACUGCCUUAAUUGUAUAGCAUUGAGGCUCUCAGAAGUCGUGUCCCAGAUUUUUUGUUGAUCUAGUUCCUUUACAGUAUAUUUUCGCAAUCGCUAUUUAUACUUGACUGAUAGCACAAAAUAAUAACAAAUGUGGAAAAACAAGAAUGGAAUUUAAUGCGCUUCUCUUUCAAAGCAUCUACGAUAGUAAUAAUUUAUUUUCGGCUCGGCUUUUUGUGUAUUAUGCCGAAUGAUUUUAAAAUCUCCAAUGUUUUCCUAUUUUACUUGCGUUAAUAUAGUUUUUUUUAAAUUUUCAUAUUAAUGUUUAAGUUGAUUUAGUUUGUUUUAUUUCGAUCGAUAAUCAACCGAUUAGAGUAUAAAUUUGAGUAAGCUCCACAUAGUUCAGUGGCGAUAAUGCCAAAAUUAGAAAUUUGAAUACCUAUAACAAUGAGCUUCUGAAAGAAUAUUCAAAGCAAUGUAUUUUCUGUACAUGUAACGAAUGUCGCACCCAAAGCAAUGGUACACAGGUACACACUUCCAAAGCGUAGUGCAGAUGAAAAUUUGCGAGCCAGCAAAAUUCAGUUUCUGUUUUAACGAACUAUGUAUGUUUUUCGUAUUUUAUGAUACUUGGGCAGAUAU